AUGGGUCAACGAAGUCUGUUACUGGUUCUUUUGUGUAUUUUUACAUUUGUCUCGAGUCGACCGAAUGAUGAGAAACGUAUGAAAUUAUGUGGAGAACGGAUUAAACAAGAGGUUGAGAGAUUAUGCCCAAAUGGACAUACUUCAAAUCGUAAGUUUCCCAGGGUGGGGUUGAAAAUAUGACAAGGGUAAACCUAAUUUCAUAGAAUCAUGUGAACUUUUUGCUCUGAUUUAGUAUUCCCGAAGUUGGAAAGUUAGUUUUCUCAAAAAAAACUUGUUAUAAAUUCAUGACCACGUAGGAAAAAAUGACGGGUUAUACAUCUGUUCACGGACUGUAAAUCUAUACGACCAUACUGUAUGGUACAUACCACCCGUUGAGUCAUACGCGAGAGUAUUUUGCGAAAACAUCCCGAAAAUGAAUUUUGUGGCGAGAUAUUUGUGUGUUCCUUCAAAAAACAAAUCACGGUUUUUUUCUGAAAUGGACACACAUUUUUUUUUUCAAAAAUAUCUCGAAGCGAUCUGUCUUUGAUGGCGUCAUUAGACUCCCCUCGUCUGACCCGAGGGGGGGGGGCCAGGCCUGAUCGGAAUGGACCUUGUCGGAAGGUUCGGAAUGAGCACACUCGUUCCGAGUAGUCAGAUCGUAAUUCCGAAUUCCGAACCUCUAUUCCGACAUUUUUACCUCGGAAUUUCGGAAUUUUUCGGAAUGUUUCGGAAUGAUAUAAAACUUAAAAAAUUGUCUUCAAAAGUUACAUUUUUCGAGAAUCACAAGAGAAAAAGAGAUUUUUUGAAAAUGACAGGUAAAAUUCAUCAACUUUUCCAUUUUUUGUUGCAUUUUUCACUAAUUUCAGCUCAAACAUUCCGAAAAAUUCCGAAAUUCGGUAGAAAAAUUCCGAAAUUCGGAAGAGAAACACAUUCCGAAAUUCCAAAAAGUUUCGGAAGUAACAUCGGAAUGAUUCCGAUUCCGAGAAAAUAGAUUCCGAUUCCGAGACACGUUUGUCUCAUUCCGAAAAACCUGUCGGUUUCGGAAUUUCGGAAUUCCGACAUUCCGAUUCCGAUCAGGCCUGGGGGGGGGCAAUUUCGUAUUGUUGUCGAAACGGAAUCGGCCGGAGCUUUGUCAAAAACCCGUAGGUUCCCCUGUACGACAUAAAAAUGUAGCUAAGGUCCGCUGCUAUGUUCAAAAAUUCAUGUGGCUUUUCAAAAGCUACCCUACCUUCACAGCUUUUAAGAUAAACUUUAUUUAACCCCUACCUUCACCACGUUUUCCUAAUUUAAUAUAUUUCCUUUCCUUCCACCUUCACCUUUCGCAAUUUCAAUGUAUGUUCUAUGAAAAAAACUUUGAACUGAUAGAAGAUUACAAAAUCUCAUCUCUUCCGGCAAAAGCACUUUCCCGACUGAAAUAGGAUGUUAUUUGUUUUGCUUUGUCCCCUUUAAUCUCCACAGAUUAAAGGUUUCAGCAAUAUGUUUACUACUAUUGCAUCUUGUAAUAAUAAUAAUAAUAAUAAUAAUAAUAUCAAUCUGAUUAUCCGUAUAUUCUAUUUUAGUACACAGAGAUUCUUAAACAUCGGGAAAACAAUCUACGUCGGAGUCAAAAACCAUUGUUAUAAUUUUUGCAUUACGAAAUGAACAGAAACCACAUGCCUACUUAGUUGAUUCAAAAAAACAUGUGAGAGCAAAACACUUGUCAGUAAUAUUUUUACGCAAUCCACUUGACCCAUGGAUUAGUAAUAGGCUAGAAAAAUCCAGUGUUUUUUGUUCAGCAAAUCAUGUGAUUAUUUUGAAUUUGCCGAAUUCUAUGUUUCAAAAAAGUAAAAAGUGAAAUUGAUCUCAAGACUUUCCAGUUCAAAAAAUUUUUGAAAAAAAAGUGCAAGAAUAUUUUUCACGCAUGUGAGGGUGGAUGUUAAUAAAUUAUUCACUGAUGACUUGAGUCAAGAAACAAAAAAAAAUUUUCUUAACAUAAGCAUGUAUAUCAAAAAUGUUUCUUUUUCAGCUGAAAGUGGAUCGGUUUCGGAGCGAUGUUGUCAUAACUCGUGCACCUUCAAAUAUCUCAAAUCAUUUUGUCUUCCCUGA